UCGCAACAUAGUCAAAAUCGCGAACUAUAAUUUUCAGCAUGACCACGCUCGCUGAACAAAUUGCUCAACUUUCCAACCCAACUCCCGUUUUUGAAGACCCCGAAGAUGCAGAUGAUCAAGGAGCUAAACUGGUGGAGAGGUUCGAGGAUGAAGAAGCAGAGUUAGGAGAAGAUGUCACUGUAAGCAAGUUACGUCGUCAGACUUCAGGACUACUAGCAGAAUCGGACAGACGGUAUGCUGGGAAGAAAGUGUCCAGAAUUAAGGUUGUCGAUACCCUUAGGAAAAUGGAUGGUGAUAGUCAAGAAGAUGAGGAGAGGAUUGCAUCUGAUGCUGACUUGGAUGCUGAUGAUGGUGAUGACGAUGACGAUGAUGAAAGUGAUGAUGAUGAUAGUGAUGAUUCCACUGGAGACAACCAGGUGUCUGAUGAGGAGGAGGAGAUAGACCUUGGUGAAUUCAAAGCACAACUGAAAAUCAAGGGCACUCAACAUUUUAGUUUUAAAGACGAUGGCGACUUUGGAAAAUAUGCAGAUGAUGAUCUGGUGGAUGAAGGGAGUGAUGAUGAUGCCAACGAUAGUGAUGAUGAUGACUAUGAUAGCGAUGAUGAUGAAAGUGCUCAGAGUGAAGGUGAAGAAGAGACUGCUGAAGAAGAAGGAGUGGAACAGUUCUCAAAAGCAAAGGUGGAUGAGGAAAUUCAGAAGGGCCAGGCAGCUCGAGGACAGCUAGGUCUAUGGGAUGGUCUCCUCGAAUCCCGAAUCAAGAUACAGAAAGCCCUCAUCCAAGUCAACAAAUUACCACAGCAUACAACAUGGAAGGCGUUCUCACAGAAAGGUGGACAGGACUUCAAACAAGCUGCUAAUGAGAGUCAGACUGCGCUCAAAACCCUCCUUGAUCAGUUGGUGAAUCUGCAGACGGCCUUACUCCUACAGAAUCCUGAGACGAGGCAUAUUGUGGAAGGACACGGCAAGCCCCAAAAGAAUGAUGCUGAUGAUGAGGAGAUACCGAGUGACUCGGAGAUUGAAUCUGAUGAUGAGGAAAAAAAGCCAGCAGUGCAGGCAAGGAAGAGGAAGAUACCAUUAGAUGAAUAUCCUGAGUUCUUAGCCAAACGCCACAAAGAUUUCCAAAGUUACAGGAACCAAACAAUCCAGAAAUGGAAUGAGAAGACACAGCUUGCCUCGGGGAAGAUGAGCAGUAAAUUCAGUGCCUUUGACCAGUCUGCUCUCCAACAGAUUCAACAGAUUCUCUCUGACCGAGGUCGACUCCUGAAGCGAACACAAGUGCGGCGGAGCACUUAUCGUGUUUUUGGCAAGAGUGAAGAAGAAGAAAAGCUCAUCCUGGAUGAAAAUGUUACUGAGGCCCUGCCGCGACGUCAGCAUCUUCAGCAGGAAGAUACAGAGAUCUUUGAUGAUGAUGACUUCUAUCAUCAGCUGUUGAGAGAGCUCAUUGAAAGGAAAUCGAGUGAUACUGAUGACCCAGCUACCAUUAGCAGGCAGUGGCUUGAGGUGCAAAAGCUACGAGGGAAGGUAAAGAAGGAAGUGGACCGAAAGGCAAGCAAGGGCAGAAAGCUCAGAUUUGACAUUCAUCCAAAACUUGUCAACUACAUGGCAUCCUAUGAUACCAGCUCAUGGGUGGAGGAAUCAAGAGAUGAACUAUUCAACUCCUUGUUUGGUGGGAAGGCAAAACAACCAGCAGCUGAGAGAUGACAAGUCUUAUGCAAUCAAUCACGCAUCAUGGAAAAAAAUUGAACAGGCUAUAGAGGCAUUAUCCAAAUGGUGAAUUUGUCCUUCUUGAACGUUAUAUGGGAUGAGUCAGGUUAAUGCAAGGACUAUAUGAUUACAGAUAAUUGUCAGUUACUUUUGUAGGAAGUGAGAUGACAUUCAGAGUUUUUUGUACAGAUCUAGUAUAAUUGUAAUUCAACGUGGUUAAUCAUAUUACCACAAAAGUACUGGAACUCUUGUAUUGUUGAAUAAAUUUCAUAAACAUGAGAUUCAGAGUGUUUCAUAAUUGGUUUCCACAGCAAGACCUCAACAUUGAUAAAAGGUAAUUUGAGAACACGGUUGCGUUAUCACAUCAUAAGUCAUUCAGAAAUGGCUUGGCUUAAGUGGAGGAGAUUAUGUUAUGAACAGUUGAUGAGAUAAUCAAUUUGGACCAGCAGAGAAGAUAGUGAGGAUAAAGAAC